AGAAAACCAAGUAUUUGUGCUCUCGCCUUCCAAAUGGUCGUCCUGGAGCUUUUAAGUCCAUUUGUUUGACUGGAGAAGUGGAAGAGGCAGAUUCUCGUUGUGAAAUCUCACUGGAGUCGGGUUACCAUGUGGCAUUGUCGGAUGACCGUCAUCUUGGCCUUGGUAUCCAUGGCAACCCCAGCCCUCUGCCAGAGUGGAGACGGUGACUGGGGUUCGGGCUUUGACCUCUACUCCACCGUAAUGGCCGCCAACGGCACGAUGCGAGCGGCCGGCGAUGAGCCCGUGAAGGUGAGAAGCGGCGGUGACUGGAGCUCGCCCGGAGCUUUCUCCCCGUCGCCUUCACCCGAGCUCCACCAGGAGCCGCCGCCGGCGGACAGGUGCUCGGUCUUCUUCAACACCAACGUCGCCUGGGCUCGGAGGCUGAAGGCCCAGAGGGAGGAGCUGGCCUACCUGCAGGCCAUACAGAAGGGGAACAAGGCCGUGGUGGAGAACUUGGAGCAGUUCGUGGGGGCGGAGAUGGGGGAUCAGCGCUACGAGGACGUGAUCAAGGAAAACGUCAUCGGUACACAAGAGGACCAUAAGAGCUGCCAUGAAGUGCUGGAGAAAGCCGAGGAGGAUCUGGAGAAGCAGCUGGAGGGAGAUGCAGCCGACUCCCAUACCGGCAUGCAGAAAAUCCGGGCCGAGUCCUCAGCCUUGGAGGCCAUGCUCCGCGCUGCCGCAGACACGGCCAGCAGGUUGGAGAGUUCGUCGCAGGCCCUGCACGCGUCCUUCACCAAGCAGCUGCGAGACAUCGUCAAACUCCGGCGCUAACAAAAGGCUCGGAAACUCUUGGCGCCUCAUCCUUGAACUUGCGGGUGAUGUGUGGCAUCCCGAAUGAGGCCCGGGGUGAGGGGGAAUAAAUCUCUGGACAAUUUAUUGUUCUUAUUAUCCUGUGGUGCAACAACGCAUCAA